GGCCCUGUAACUUUAAACCUGCUCUGAGCUCAUAGCUUUCCACACUGGCCAAACAGACGAGAGGGCGGUCCUACUGUUCCUCCCUCCCGGCGACCACCUUAUGCACCGCUGCUCCCUCCCCCGCUAGAAAGAGGCUCCGCGGGCUCGCUGACUGAACUUUUCUCAGCAAGUUUGGUUCCCGGAACGCUCUGCCUGCGCUCUGGCUCUGUCUCUCUGCGGGAGGCAGGGACCCACCCAGCAGGGGAAUCCUCGGAGGCCGGACGCUCCCCGACUCCCCCCUCCCCGGCUCCUCCCCCCCCUCCCCCUCAGCCGGUCGGAUUUGGACUAAUCCGAGCUGGAGCCCGGACCGGUUUGGACUCCUGAAAGAAAGCAUCCCCACGUCCUGCGCUCUCCAGGCAGAACAUGUGGCAGUUUCAAAUCUUGCUGCUCGUUUUAGGGGGCUCGCCCUUCUGGGUGAUCGCGCAGGAAGACAGCACAGUCUUCCCAGAAGAUGCCGUGACCACAGUAGACUCCAUUGAUGGGAAAUACUAUCCCUCUGAAGAUGCACCUACUCUGGUGCCCACAAGAACCCUAAGAACUUCCCACACCCCAAGAAUUGAGGACGAACCUACUCCAGAGCCCACAGUCUACACCAGAGAGAACUCCACGAAUUCUAGGGUUGUAACUGACCAUCCAAGUGAGAAAGUGGGUGGAGAGACAAAGACAACAACUGAGAAAGGAGGUUUGGAGACUGUAACAUUAGUGGGAAUCAUUUUGGGAAUCGUGAUCGCCAUUGGUAUCAUUGCUGGAAUCAUCAUUGCAGUAGUGAGGAAAAUGUCGGGCAGGUACUCGCCAUAGAUGACUGGAGAAUUAUGUCCUUCUGCCAACUAUUUUAUUUUUUAAAGAGAGAUCCUAUUUUAGCUUCCUGUGCCCAUGUGAGAAGAUGAUCCAUGGAAGAGCUGCUCCUCCAGUUCUAAAUCCAUGGUGAUCCAAAAACUCUCCAAGGGUUCCUGAGCUGAAAACAAGAAGGCUCCUACAGCCUGUGAUUCCAAAUCUAUCUUAUUUUGAAAUCAUUUUUUAUUUUUAUAUAUACACUUUGUAAAAGUAGGUGACAUGGCUAAAAAAAAAGCUAACAGUGGAUAGGAAACAAGGAAACAAUGAUUGAUGCGUCCAUACGCAACCAAAUAGCAGCAUGCGAGUCUAGGGUGCUAGAAAGUUGUUGAAUUUGGAAUUUGGAACCCCGACCAUUUUGCCAUCGAAAGCAAAAAGGAAUGUGGAAAUAUUGACGUUCACUCUACUCAAGUUGUACUGCUUGUAAAUGGGUCAUUGGGUCAUAAUUCUAGAACCAGAGAAAUACUUGUGGGGUCAGUGGGGCAGGAUGGACAGAGCCCUGUUUUUGUACCCUACCUCUGAUACUCACUAUGUGACCAUGAGCAAAUGACUUCAUCUUUCUAAACUUCAGUUCCUUUAUUAAAAUGAGAGAAUAGAGUCAUAGACUUAGAAAGCAGGAGGCAUAAAGGUCACCUAAUCCAACUUAAUCAUUUUACAGAUGAAGAAAUUGAGGUCAACUGAAUUUCCCAAGUUAAUGUUUACCUAUAUCAUUGACUAAGGCAGUUGUGAGGAUCAAAUGAGAAAAUGUAGGCAAAUCAUUUUGCAAACCUUAGAAAUGUCAGCAAUUAUUCUUAGAGGCUACCUAGCCCAAUCCCCUCAUUUCAUAGUGGGGGAACUGAGGCUCAGAGUGAUCAAGAGAGUUAUUCAAGAUCACAUAAAGUAAUAAGUGGCAGCUCUAGAAUUUGAAGCCAGGGGGGUUCCAAAUUCCAAAUUCAAGACUCUUUCCCCUGUACCAUGUUGUUUCCCAACAGGUGUUCUUAGAUUCUCUGGUGGGCUGAGGUACAUAAAACCUUAUAUUCCUUAUUCUUUAAAAUUUGGAACAAGCAGUGAUCAAAAAGCAUCUUAAGCCUUUGUGAUCUAAGGAACAGCUGUUUCUACUUGGUUGGAACAAAGUACUUCAAAGACUCCCUCAUGGAGUCAGCCUUUGGAGUUAGUAAACAGGAAAACCAUGAUUCUGGAAAGACAGUCCUUCCCCCAUCACUCCCCAAGGCCUCCUGGGCUGCUUAAGAAGCUUCUCCAGCAAGGAAUUGCUGGCCGAUGUUAUGAGCUGACUCCCUUCCACCUCUGUAUCUUUGAAAUGAAUGAGCCCAGGGUGGUUCUCCAGUUAAAGGAAGGUUGGCUUCUGAUUGCCUGCCAAUACCACAUCACUAUAACCCCUGUGAUCCUUAGCAUGUGGCCCUGCUGGGCUAGAUCAUACAUUGCAGCCACAAAGCUGCCAGUAGCUAACAUGACUCAAGCUUAAAAACAGUUUGCUACAUAUCUCUAAAACAUGAAGGACCCUUGUACUGGUGUACACUGUAAGCAGCAAAAUGUACUAGUCUUCCUACAUUUAUUUGCCUCCUUGACUUUUAUCACAUUGGAGAAAUGUAUGAAAUGGAAAAUGAGUGUAACGAGAGUCGAAUUUCAAAUAGCCGUAAGAUUUUAAAACACAUAAAACUCAAAUGAAAAAAGCUUUCCCAGUCCUUCAUUUGUUGACCUCACAUAUUGAGAAAUGAGUCAAAUUUCCUCAUUAGAACUCAUCAUCUCAGUACUGACAAAUGUAGCACACCCUUUUCUGAAGGUCAGUUGAGUUAUUUUUUUAAGACAUCCUUUUUCAUUGACACUCAUCUUGGAAUGACUGGAUAUAGUUUCAAACCUAGGCUCUUCAACUUGUCCAGUAAAUUGAUGUAGAAUGGGAAGUUUUUGCCUGAAAAAUUUAGCUUGUUCCUCUCCUAGGUUUUUGGUUUUGUGCCAACAUUUGGAUGUUAUUUUAUAUAAUCUACUCUGGGGUAAACCUAUCCAUCACCAACGUAUUACAAAUUAAGCACACAAGAGAUGGGAGCAGAUGCUCUAUUAAAGUGUGGUUGAAAGAAGAACUUAUAAACACUAUUUCUUUUGAGUUAUCUCCCUCUCCCCCACCCUUCACAUUUCUGGUUAGUGAUUUAUAACAAUUCCCUUAAAAUUUUUGUUUCCUACCACUUCUCCCUUCUUCUCUUCCCCACUCCGUGAAAAAAUAAAAGAGUCCAUCUCAAGUUAUACACUGGACCCAGUGCCUGCUGGGACAGGACAGUGGGUUUCUUAACACUGUUUAACACAGUGUAGAUAUUUUCAAAUAAAGCAAAUAGUUAUGUAUGGUG